UUCCGGCCAGGCCGUUGUCUGGGUGGCGCGGUCGAGUCAUCGUUGGGCCUCGCCGCUUCCAUCUCCCUUCCCUCCCCCCCCCCGCCCCGGCGCGGGGGGUCGACCAGCCAAGUGGGGCGGGAGGCGACUCGGACCUUCCUCUUCAUUUCGUUCUGGCCUGCUGCCCGGCUACCCGCUCUGGGUCCUUGGGACCCGCGAGGCCCGGUCUGAGGGGCCGGGGCCUACGUGGGCCCGCCGUCGGGCCCCAUGCGGCAUAGCCUGACCAAACUGCUGGCGGCCUCGGGCAGCGACUCCCCAAGCCGCAGCGAGAGCCCGGCGCCGGUCGCGACCUGCUCGCUGCCCCCGGAUUUGACCCGGGCGGCAGCGGAGGACGAGGGGACGGCGGCGGCCGGGUCUCCCGGCCGCAAACAGCCGCCCGGCGACGAGGGCGAGUCGGACGCCGGGAGGGGGGGCCGCGGCGUCGUGGCCGCGCGCGCGCCCUCGCCCGAGGAGAUGGAGGAGGAGGCUAUCGCCAGCGUCCCCGGGGAGGAGACGGAAGACAUGGACUUUCUGUCGGGCCUGGAACUGGCAGAUCUGCUGGACCCCCGGCAACCAGACUGGCAUCUGGAGCCCGGGCUUAACUCGCCCGGGCCUCUCUCCUCGUCCGGCGGAGGCUCGGAUAGCGGCGGCCUGUGGAGAGGGGACGACGACGACGAGGCCGCGGCUGCCGAGAUGCAGCGCUUUUCUGACCUGCUGCAGAGGCUGUUAAACGGCAUCGGAGGCUGCAGCACCGGCAGUGACAGUGGCGGCGGCGAAAAGAGGCGGAGAAAGUCCCCGGGAGGAGGCGGCGGCAGCAGCGGCAACGACAACAACCAGGCGGCGACAAAGAGUCCCCGGAAGGCGGCGGCGGCUGCUGCCCGUCUCAACCGGCUGAAGAAGAAGGAGUACGUGAUGGGGCUGGAGAGUCGAGUACGGGGUCUGGCAGCCGAGAACCAGGAGCUGCGGGCCGAGAAUCGGGAGCUGGGCAAGCGCGUACAAGCACUGCAGGAGGAGAGUCGCUACCUACGGGCCGUCUUAGCCAACGAGACCGGACUGGCUCGCUUGCUGAGCCGGCUGAGCGGCGUGGGACUGCGGCUGACCACCUCGCUCUUCAGAGACUCGCCCGCCGGUGACCAUGACUACGCUCUGCCCGUGGGAAAGCAGCAGCAGGACCUGCUGGAAGAGGACGACUCAGCCGGAGGAGUGUGUCUUCAUGUGGACAAGGAUAAGGUGUCGGUGGAGUUCUGCUCGGCGUGCGCCCGGAAGGCGUCGUCUUCUCUUAAAAUGUAGGGUCAAGUAAUCUGCUCUUUAUCCGCGUUUACCCCUUUCAACUCCCUUACACCAUGUAAAACACCUUAGUGGGACAUCUUCACUGGACACAUUUCAGAGGAGGAAAAAAAAGUAAUAUUGAAUCUUUAAGUGUUUAGCUAAAAGCAUGAAUGUGACACUGUAACCAACUCCUAAUGAUAACAUGUCACUAUUAAAUCUCUCUGACAGUUUCUUUUUUAGGUGAUUUCCUUCCUGCCAGGCUCCGUUGUAGGGGUUACAGAACAGUCGUUCCCGCCUCACAACCUGACUUGCGUGUACCUAGCUCUUCUGUCCCCAGUGUGGACAUGGCCUUGGAUGACAUCGGUUCCAACUGUACACUGAAAGCUGCUAAUAGAGAUACAGUUUGGAGAAAGUGACACAGGUGAAGUUGAAUGGAAGUUCCGAGUUGUACAAGGUGCAAAUUGGAAUUCCAACUUUAGAGCAACUUUUCAGAGGUUGACAAUAAGUACUUGGGGCAUACACAGAUGUGAUAGUUAUUUUGCGGAGAUGACAGAAAUCUCUUAAAUAUUCAAGAAUGCCUUUUAGUUUUCAUAGAUCUAGAUAUACAAUCUAUUCAGAUUAAUAGAUUUUUAUAUCUCACCAUUAGAGAAGUUGGAAAUUAACAUGCAUAUCAGACUCCUGUGUUAGUUACUUAAAGGAAGAAUAAGAAUGGUUAAUGAAAUGUUUCUUUGAGGACCAGCACAGUGAUUUACCCUAUCACUGAGUAUGAAUAAAUUGUUGAACACCUUUAUUUUUGUUGUAUUAAAAUUUUAGGUUAAAUUUAUGUAUGAUUAGAUAUUGAAGGUUAUGAAAUGUGAAUGAAAACGUGUAAAGUGAGGCUUCACAAAGAAUCUUAUUCUCCAUAUUUCAAGGAUAUUUGUCCUAUUUAAAAGUAAGUUUUAAAAUUAAGUGACUUAAUGACACGAUUGACACUUUUUCCAAAGUUGGGACAUAGUCUUCCUUUGAAGUACUCUGUUAUCUAUUGUCCAGUUGUAUAGAUUGAGUCACAGUGUCUUUCAGUGUAAGAGACAUUAAGAAAUUCUUUGUGAAACAUCACUGUUUGAUAAAGUAUAUACGUAUUUAGCAUCCUUGUUUUUCUUUGUGCUAAAGUGGAUACAGCUGUUGGGGCAGAAGAGACGGGACCAGCUGCUGGCCACAUUUCCUGCUUUAUUUUAAAAGGUAGUAUAAGAAAUGAGGAAAAAGAGGUAAUAUCAGGGCUUCUGCUUUUAUUUUAAAAUGUUCAUAAUUAAAAAGUAUUUUCCAGCAGUCCAAAGAUGUAAGUUAUCUUACAUAUAAAAUGUUUUAUUUUGUUGUUAUUUGGUUAUGAAAAUGGAAUCUUGUUCUUGAAGAACUGUAAAUGUUUUGUUGCUAGAUAAUACACUUUUGAGACCUAACUUGGUCUCUGGUUUCCAGUGCAUUACAGCAUAUUUUGUAAAAUCAUCUACUGCACUUGAGCAUGAAUGGAUAGUAGCCAAACUCACAACCUGGAGUGAUGAACCUGCUUAUACCUAAGUGCAGGAGCAAGCCCCUCACAAUGCAGCUGCAUGGAUUUUUAGUGCCUACUGAAUUAUAAAUAUAAAUAUAUAUAAAAACCAAAAGUAGUUGGAAAAGUUAUUUGAAAUGACUAAUUUGUGCUAUCUUUAUGGAAUAUGUUAAAUGUAGCUUUUUGAAACAGAAGCCUUGAAUUGAAAGUUAAUUAAUACUUGAACAUUUUGUAUAUAUUUCUUUGUAUAUAAUUUUGUGCAGUACCAAUGACAAAAAUAUGGUGUCAUAAUAAAACCAGGUUUGUUGAUCUUUCAGUCAUGGGCUCAAAGAAUUUAUUCAUCUCUAACAUGAUAUUAGAAAAUAAUGGAUGAAAAUAGGAAAAAUGAUUGUUGUUAAUGCUGUGGGUCUUAAAAGGUUCUGGAAGCAGUAAGUGCGUUUUUCUAAAAAUUACACCAUUCCCUUGGAAUAUUUUCUUCCUAACGUCAAUGAUUUUCCUGCAUUAUUUGAAGUUUGGGGCUGGGGAGAAACAGUCAAAGCUUUCUGAAUUGGGAUGCUUUGACAUUCCAAGUAUAGAUUUUUAGAAUGUCAUUUUAUAAAUGGCAGUUUUUGGAAAUACUUGAUUAAGAACUUUUGAAAAUGGAGAUUAGUAUCGACUAUUUUAAAAGCUGCUUUGUUAGGUUGCUUCUGUUUUAACUGUCUUUUCUUAGUUUCCAUUUCAUUCUCUUUUUUUUCUAAUUUUGGUAAAUUAGUGAUUUUGUCAUUUUUUGCAUCAACGUCAUGGUCUUGUUUUUACAUGGUAUUGCAUGUAUUUAGGACCUAUCUAACAGGGGCUUUAAAUAAAUAUGGUCAUAUUUAUGUGUAAACAUGUUUUACUGUAAAUGUUUGGGUUUCUGAAUUUACAACAGAUAUGUUUAUUUCAGUAUGUAGUAAACAAUAUCCUAAAGUGUCCUAUUCACUACUUGUUAAUUAAAAAAGUUAUGAUUAAUAUGAA